AUGGAAGAAAAAUCAAAUGGUGGAGAACAAAAGCAAAGAAGAAAAUGCAAGUUUAUUCAUGGGGAUAAAGAGUUUAGGAAUUCUGAAACUUUUGAAGGACCCGAGGUCGGGAUGGAAUUUGAUGAUGUUGAAGAUAUAUUCCAUUCGUACCGAAGUAUGCAAGAUCAAUUGGAUUUCGUUGUUAUUCGUCCCCAUGUUAAGACUACAAAGGGAAUUGGUUGUCUAGCAAAGCCGAUAGCAUCACUAGGCGGAGAUGGGAAGUGGAAGAUAAAUCGUGUCAUCAAAGAUCACAACCACGAAAUGGAUACAGAGAUGACAAGGUUUAUUAGGCGACACAGGUCCGUCCCGCCAUGUAUGAAGAGACAUGCUAAUGAAGUGGUUGGUACACAAGGAUGCAUUGUGCUUAAGGAUCCGAUUAUGGUAACCUACAAAGGCAGAGCUAAAGAGAAAGAGGCUGGUUUCUAG